AUGGAGUUACCGAUUAUUCUUUUAAGUAUUUAUCUCUCUCUCUGAAUUUCCCAACAGAUGCUGCAAAUAAGAAAACUCUUCCUGAAGCAACAAUGAGUUUCUCUUCUGAAAUUCCAGCAGUAGGACAUUUAUCUGAGUAUCUGGAUCUACCACACCAAGCUUUCUUGAAGUCCCAGAAUCUACAGGAAUCCAACAUCCAGUAGGACUAAAAGCCUAACAUUUUCAGACAGGAUUAUUUGUCAUUUUUUUUCUGUUUAUUACAUAAAGAAUUCAGUUGCACUGUUACACGGGACUACAUGUUUGAUUUGGAAUCUAAAGGGAUCAAAACCACACCUGGAUGACCACAAUCCCUGAUGAACUUCCCCCAGAACUGAGGAAGGGACAUCAAGUGUCAUCCUAUGAUGAAGUCAUUAACCGGUUUCAGACUACUGCAGCUGACUCGUAUGACAGGAAGACCCUCAGGGGUGUGGUCGCUCAACCUCAUUAUCCUAAACCUCCCCCUCACUGGACAGUGGCUUACACAAAGGACCUAUCAAAUAAGCUUAGUGAGCAUGCUUGGAAGACCCCUUUGACCAUGGGACAUCAAACAAGUGAAAUGAAAGCCAAAUACACUGAACAGCCUGCUUUGUUUCCUGGUGCAACAUUCAACCCUGGGCCUCAGCCAUUCGGCCUGGCAACCCACCAUGCCAUGGAGCAUUCCAAAAACCUGUCUGCCAGCAUGGAUGGCAAAUCAUUGGGUAGGCCACAUCCAUCCUACAUCUGGGACAAACCAGUUUUGGGUCUCAACAACAUAUACCUGACAACUACUAGCAAAGACAUCAGACCUUACAAAAAGGAAGAACUUGAAGGAUAUCCCAAAAAGGACAUUCUGACAUACUGGCAAAGUGAAGACUACCCUAAAGCUUGGGGCCAUGGACUUAAAGACAAUCCAUUCUCCAAAGAGGCUCAGCAGAUUGGCAGAAAUCCCCACUCCAUGCAGGACUCUUUUCCUACUACAAUAAAAAUGCCUCGGGUCCCUCCAAGACUACCACCUGUUCCUCACCGUGGGCUAAAGACACUGGUACAAGAAAGCUAUCAGUGGCCUGCAGAUGUUAAGAGGAAGCAAGAUGUAUUUUGCCCCAUUGAAACACCCUGGACAAUCCCUCAUGAGGGACCUCUCACCUAUAUUAUGUCUGUACCUAAAAUGUAUGAGACAGAGUAUCAGACGUAUGGAAGUAGCCGACCUGUCACUGUAUAAUUUCCAUUUAUAUUUUUUUUCAGACAUCUGUUUAGGAAAAAGAAAUGCAUUUGUUGGAAUGUUUUGCUAAAAUGCUAAACCUUCUGUUAUGCACACUAUAUGAUGUAGACUUUUUCCAACACACACACACACACACACACACACACACACACACACACACACACACACACACACACACUGCCUUUGCUAGUAAAGAGCUGAAGCCUUUUUGGUGUCCCUUGCUCAGCUGAGAGAAUCUUUCCUCACAAUCUUGUUACUGCUUUACACACAUGAUGAGUACUGAGCUGCAUUAUAUUUUACAUGUAUGUGUCACCCAGUCAUUUCACUUAAUGGCAUUAUUCUUUUCAGUACUGCACAUUAGGAUCUAGACCUUGCCUGUCAGCUGUCGCAUAGUCAGUGUUUGUGUCUCCAGAAUUUUUCCAAUAUCCUUUUUACAUAAACCCAUUAUUAGACUAUAUAAAAUAUUUAUCAACACAGACAUACACAUAUGCAUACUACCUAAAAUGCAUUCUAUAUUUAUGUUUUAUUAACUAUCCUAGUUACAUAGUUUCAUCCACUAAUUUACUAAAUUACUCAUGAUAGCUAAAUUGUGUGUGACUGAUUAAUGUGUACCAUUAAACAUGAAAACUAGAAGUGCAAAACAGUUCCACUUCUUUUAUUUUUAGAUAAAGAAAAGUCCCCUUUGGCUGGCUUAACAGUCUUCACUUUGUAAUAUCUCAAUCAGCGAUUUUAAAAGCUGCAGUAUCUGGUAGUGAUUAAAAUUAUUUUUUAUGAGAUGCAUGUUAAUUAGUAGUAAGUACAUUUGUGAUACUGGAUUUGUCAUCUAUGUAUGCAUGUAUCAAAUUUUAACCAAAUAAAGACAAAAGAAGAAACUUGUGCCCAA